CUGCGCGGUCGAUACGGCUCUCCCGGCGGCGCGCACAGCCCGCCGCGGCAGUGGCCAGCUCGCUGCCGUGGCAGAGCCUGUUCGUGUUGCGAUGAAGCAACACAAGGAAUUCACGUUAAUCUCGUAUAAUGCUAAAACUACCCAAAGGACUUAAAAAGAAAAAGAAAGGAAAGAAGUCCAAACGAAAGGGUGAAGACGAGUUAUUUACUGAAGAAGAAUUAGAGAAAUACAGAAGAGAGCAUCAACAACAGCAGGCCGCUGCUGGUGAAGGCUCAGCCAAGGGAAAUGAAGAGUGGUCCAAGUUCCAGGACUUGACCAAGGGAGUCGACUCAGUCUUAAAGCAGACUCAGGGAGAUCUUGAUCGAAUCAAAUCAACAUCUUUCUUCCAACGCGUCCCUACAGGACCCAAAGACGUCGAUAGAUCUGGCAAAGAGAGAGAGGGCAAGAAGGCAGAGAGUCCUAAAAAGCCAGUAGUUGAGAUCACUGAAGCUGACUUCCCUCAAUUAGUAGCCGCUGCUGCAGCUGAAGCAGACGAGGACCGCUCGGAGUACGGCGCCACUGACGAAGAAUCAGAAGAAGACGACCAGGACGAUAUCUUUGACACCUCCUACGUUGAUGCAGUAGAAAGAGGAGAGGUAAAACUUGCCUACGUUCCAGACUCACCGGAGGAACCAGAUGAUGAUAUUUUUGACACUUCACAUGUUGAUGCUAUAAUCAAAGGACACGACGGAAAGAGCACCAAAGGAAAGGACGGUAAAAAAUCAUUAGAUAUCGGAGUUGCUGUCGAAGUUCUAACAGGGCGAAUAAAUAAUGUUGUUAUCACUUCUAAACGGUCAAAGAGGGUUAUACCUGGAGAUCUUCUACUAGAAAGCACUGAUAGUGAUACUAAGCCAGUCGUCUCCAAACUUCCAAGUCCGACGGUAGAAAAAAGUAUUCUUGACGCAGACGAAGAUUUGCCAAUUGGUGAACCUAUUGACUUAAGUGUAUCACUGCACACUUCAUUAAUUCAACAAAAUAAACCUUCUGAAGAAAAUUUUAACAAUUUCGAAGACGAGAGCAAUAGCAAAGUUAAUGACGACGAAGAAGACGAUGAAUUCACACAACUAGCUACUGAAUCAUUAGAAGUAAGUGGAGAAGUUAUUAAACUUAAAGAGGAAGAAAUAAAAGUUGAGCCAGUUAUUCAAGACUCUUGGUCCGCAUUCGAAGCAGACAAAAACGCAUCCGUUUUUGCGGAAGGUAUCGUUGAAGAUCAAAUUGAUGUCCUUGACCCGUACCUUGAUGGUGACGAUCCGUUUGAUACAAGUUUCGCUGAUGAAAUAAUUCCACCUCUAAAUUUGAGUCAGGUUGCGAAACAAACCGUUAUAUUAGAAGACGACGACGAUUUCGAUCCAAGGGCUGAAGAAAUUCAUAGCAGGCUCAACAACAGAAGGAAAUCGUCAGUUCGCAUACAUUUAACUGAUCCCUCCGGAAUAAGGGAAUCGAUUACUUCAGACGACGUCGUUGUGAAAGAAACUCCAUUAUAUCACGAUCUUUUGGGUGGUAGUUGUACUGAUCUAACUCAGCUAGGUGAUUCUCCGAUAGAUCCGGUUGAUAUUAACGCCGAAGGCGAUAUUGACCCAUUUGAUACAUCUAUCGUUGAUAAAAUAGUUGCACCUGGAAAAGUUGAAUUGAAACUUUUAGAAAAAGAACUUAUCGAAGAACAAAAACCUGUAUAUCGGGUUCCCAGUGAUCCUGAUUUUGAUCCGAGAGCCGAAGAAUCUUCACCCAAAGUUGAAAGAAGAGCUUCUAGGCCUGAAAAUCUUGUUGUGAGUAAAAGUGUUGUUUUUGACGUCGACGGUGAACCAGAACAAAGUUUAGACAUUAAAGUAAAACAACAAAAACCAGUUACGCCAUAUUACACAAGAGAGGUGUCCAUCACAGAAGACCUCAACGAGGAAGCUGAAGAUAUCUUUCCGGAAACUUUAACGAGAACUCGGUCCGACGAAGACUUGGCACCAAAAGCAACUCAGCAGACAAAGCGGCGCCAUUCAGAGUUCGCGCAGCCAAAACAAGCCAACGUUACCUUGAGAGCAAGUGAACUUUUGGAAAUCGGCCAAACAAAUAUCUCAACUAAGGUUCUCACUCCCUGCGCACCCCAGCCUAGCAAAGAACAAGAGGAAGAUCAAGACUUUGAUCCAUUCGACACAUCCUUUGCUGCACAGAUAGCACCCAGCAAAAUCGAAUUGAGAUUAUUGGCAAAGGAAUUUUCGUGUGAAGAGACAAAAGUUGAAACAGAACUGGACCUCCUUGAACCCCACGACGAUAUCUUUCAAGUAAAGGCUCUUACUCCAGAACCUACCGCGUCAACUAAAGUACCAGAAGAAGAUAUCGAUCCUUUUGAUACUUCGUUCGCUACAGACCUUCAGCCAGGACCAACUGAGCUCAAAUUAUUAGAGUCUGAAUUUCUAAAUAUGGGUGAGCCAGCAGCAGCGGCCCCGGUUACUCCUGAGGCGCUCAAUCCUUUCAUGAUGGGGGACGCAGAUCCUGGAGCGUUUGGUGGAGCUGAGGAUUUCACAGGCGACAAUCCAUUCGCUGCAAGUAACCCGUUCUCAGAUUUUGGUGGAGGAGCAUUUGAACCACCAGCAGGUGACACUGUGCCAGUUGAUAUAUUCGGUAAUGGCUCGCCAGCCCCCCCUGCUGCAGCAGCAGGCCCGUUUGAUGGAUUCAUGAGUGCAGCUGCCGCUCCUAUGGAUAUAUUUGGAUCACAUGAACCCCCACCUCGCCCACCCAAGCCAACAGAACUAGAAUUGGUGAGCACGACCGCUGAUCCACCAGAAGAACGCGGACCGCCACGACCACCGCCGCCAGCUCGACCACUCCCACCAGAGACACAAACACUCAUCCACAGCGUCACAGGACACAUGGAACUAACAACAUCGCAUCUGUUGGAUCGUAUUCCACCUACAAGAACGCCUAGUCCAGUUUCACUAAGGGAUAUUCAUUCACCGAGCCCUACACCGGAGCCGGACAUAGAUGAGCUGCCACCGAGUGAAACAUUUGAUAUUAAUUGCAACAAGCCGCAGCGGCCACCGCCGGCCCGCCCGCCGCUGCCCCCGGUAGCCCGGCCGCCCCCACCGCGCCCCGCACCCCCUCCGAUACCUCCACCAAUCACCAAGCCACAGGUUCCGCCUCCACCACAGCAACACCAGGCAGCAGAUGACAUAAAUUUGUUUGACGCACCAGUUCCAGUCGCAAACAAACCUACAAAAGAAGAUAUAAUGAGUCUUUACUCAGCACCUAAAAAAGAGGCGAAGCCUGUCGACUUUUUAAGCGAUGACUUCAUGGAUGACAUUCCUCCAGCUACCAGUGAGCCGCAGCCAUCUAAAGCUCUCGUUCAACCAAGCUCAAUAUUCACCAGCAGUGCGGAGCCAGUUGGCACAAUAAUUGACCAUGUAACGACCACCACAUCAGGCGGAGUUACCUCCGAAACGUCACCUACUCCAUUGUUCUCACAAAACUCACCAGCAGAACCGUCACUAGUGGAAACAGCGCCAGCAUUAGCAAUGGAUGUUGAUUCUGUUGCACCGAUGGACUGUACCGAGCCCCCAACAGAGGUGCCCACGGCAGUUACAUCUCCGUUUGCUGAAAACGAUUUCGAAACGCACAAGAUAGAUGAAGAUAUGAAAAAUCCAUUUGAGGACUCCUCCGCUGGAUUUGAUACGGCUAAUGUAGCUGCUGCACCAGAAAAAGCAGCACCAUUUCAGGACAAUUCAGCUGAUAACUUCGGUUCCACUCAGCCAACUAAUAUCUUUGGCGUGCCUCAAGAUAACGCCUUCGCAGAGUCCGAUGGGUUCGGAGAAGAAGAUGAUACUUUUGACACAAUGCAAACAGGUGGAUUCGGAGCCCAAUCAAGUCCUUUCGCAGCCAGUAAUGCCUUUGAAUCAAGUCAAACGGAUUUCUUUGGUGCAAAUACCGCUAGUCAGGUACCAGCAUCUACAGCAGAUUGGGGCGCCACACCAGAGCCGAUGGCGCAUGAUGCGCGUCCCUUCCCUGAAUCUCAGGAUGCUUUUGAUGCCUUCUCCGCCAAGUUUGAUAACACAACUGCUAAUCACGUCUCAUCAGGUGCUUGGGGAGACGAUAGCAGCGCAGAAAUACCGGCAUCUGGUUUCGAUGCUGAUGGUGAUAGCGAUCCAUUCCUGGCCAUGAGCGCCCCGCCGCCGCCACCAGCCGCCACGCCUCGCCUCCAAAGCCAAGGAUCUCAAGAUUCUGGUGAUGACAACUUCUCACUGUUUAUCAGACCGAAAGAAAUUGAUAUCGGAGGUACAGGAGCAGCAGUCCCGGCCCUGGCGCCGCCGCCUCGCCCUCAGGCUCUGCCGGAGUCUCCAAGAGCCAAUCCAUUCGACAAGAGCGCUGAACAGCAGCAGCUGCGCUUUGAAGCUCCACAAGAAACGCGAGAACGUUCGGGAAGCCAGGGUUCAGGAGGGGAAACACCACCGACACCGCUGUUCGAUGACGACAUAUCGCAGCCUCUUGAAGACUUCCCCCGAACCAAAUACCUGGGGCCUGGCUGGGAAAUGCAUCUGCGACAGCCGAAUAAGAAGAAAAUUACUGGUCAAAGAUUCUGGAAGAAAGUGUUCGUCCGGCUAACAUUCCAAGGAGACAACCCAGUGGUUCAGUUGUUAAACACUCCAAAUGACAAGGAGCCCUUCCAAGAAUUGCCUCUUCAGGCAUGUUAUUCAGUCUCUGAAGUUGGGGCCCAACAGUUUGACCAAUUUGGCAAGAUCUUUACUGUCAAACUGCAGUAUGUCUUCUACAAAGAGCGGCCCGGAGUCAGGCCGGGCCAAGUGACUAAAGCAGGGCGUAUAACAGACAAGCUAUCACAGUUUGCAGCAUAUGCCAUUCAAGGGGACUACCAAGGAGUUAAAGAGUUUGGAAGUGAUUUGCGGAAGCUUGGUCUGCCUGUUGAACAUGCUCCUCAGGUAUCACAACUAUUCAAGAUCGGCUCUCUGAACUACGAAGAUGUGAAACAAUUCUCAUACUGCAUCGAAGAGGCGCUGUUCCGGCUUCCAGCUCAUCGUGAUCGCGCCCUCACCUAUAAAAUGGAAGAGGUUCAAAUAACUGCCGUUGAUGAGCUGUACGUGGAACAGGAUUACGAUGGAGCAGUCCAAAAACAAAUUGCUAGAGUCAGGUUAUUCUUCCUCGGGUUCUUGAGUGGUAUGCCUGACGUGGAAAUGGGAGUUAACGACCUCCGAAGGCAGGGUAAAGAGGUGGUGGGACGCCAUGAUAUCAUACCGGUUGUGACUGAGGAAUGGAUCCGAGUUGAAGACACCGAGUUCCACGCCUGCGUACAGCCAGAGGAGUUCACUAAAUGCCAGAUCAUAAAGUUCAAGCCUCCUGAUGCGUGCUACAUCGAACUGAUGAGGUUCCGUGUUCGCCCACCGAAAAAUCGUGAACUGCCUUUACAGUUGAAAGCAGUUUGGUGUGUCACUGGAAAUAAGGUGGAGCUACGAGCUGACGUCUUGGUUCCUGGUUUUGCAUCCCGGAAAUUGGGGCAGAUUCCUUGUGAGGACGUAUGCAUUCGGUUCCCCAUCCCCGAGUGUUGGAUCUACUUGUUCAGAGUCGAGAAACACUUCCGUUAUGGCUCGGUUAAGUCUGCUCACAGACGUACCGGAAAGAUCAAGGGCAUAGAACGGUUCCUUGGGGCGGUCGAUACUCUAUCUGAGUCCCUGAUUGAAGUAACGUCAGGACAGGCCAAGUACGAGCAUCAGCAUCGAGCCAUCGUCUGGCGGAUGCCAAGGCUACCUAAGGAAGGCCAAGGUGCAUACACAACCCACAAUUUGGUCUGCCGUAUGGCUCUGACCUCUUACGACCAAAUACCUCAGGAGCUGGCCAAAUUUGCCUACGUGGAGUUCACAAUGCCAGCGACUCAAGUGAGCCACAUGACGGUGCGUUCGGUGUCUCUACAGAACUACGACUCUGACCCGCCGGAGAAAUACGUGCGGUAUCUAGCCAGGCACGAGUACAUUGUCGGCAUUGAGCGUACAUCAGGGCAGGAUGCUCCAGCCUACGCUCUGGUGACCAAGAUCGAGCCGAAGCCCGAGCCCCCUCCACCGGCGGCACCUGUGGUGCCGCAACCACCUUCCUCUGACUCGGACUCUGAUUAGACACUACAAAAGGUUUCUUUACUAUCAUCUUAACCGGCUGAGACCCAGAGAUCAAAAAUUUGUCUGCAAACAUAACUUUGUCUAAACCCUGUUGUCGGUCUCCACAUUAUGUCAUCAUAUGAGGUAUCUGGGUCUCUAGACGAUAAAUGAUGUAGGUAUUUGCAUAGGGUAUUUUGGAUUUUGCUAUAAAGUAUUAAGUAGGAGAGAGAAGGAGAAAGCUUAUAGGAAGGGUACAGAAAUCAUGAAUUUCAACACUUCAUUUAUAAAUAACUUUGUUACGUUACAUUUGAAUAUUUGUUACAUGAAGCAUUUUGUAUAAUAAACAUUACCUAGUAAAAUUAAGAUAUUGUUGAAGUUUGCUCUGAUAUUGUUUUUUAAUCGUCAAUAUGUGUCAAUACAGGCUUUUAUAAACGCUAUACCAAUCUUUAGUUUAUGAAACGAUGAUGAGAAGUAGUAAUCACUUUAUAUCUUUCAUGUUACAGUGACAUAUCUGCAUGGUUAAUGAAUGUAAUUUAUGACAAUGAUUUAGAAUGUAUUAAAUGAAGGAAAGCCUUUAAUAUAUAGAUAGCUUGAAGUGUGUACAUAAAUAAUAUCAUUUAUGAGAGUAGGGUUGUAAACGGAAGGCAUACGGACACGUACCACCGUAUCACAUAGAUAAUUUCAUAAAAUAUAUACUUUAGAUAUAUAACUUGAUAUCUGAUGAACAUUUUUGGAAAGUUUCAGUAGGAAAAAUAGAAGUUAUAAAAAGAAAGUAUAUUUACGUAACUAUCUAUAAAUUACUCAAAUAUAUUACAGAAAAUGAUCAAAGCACUUGUUCACUAGGUUGUAUAUUAGCUUAAAUAAAGAAUCUAUAUAUUUGUUUAUGACAUAUUGGAUUGGAUGUUGGUCAAAAUCGUACGAUUGACAAUAGGAAUAUUAAUAGUUAAAUACAUUAAUGUUUAUUCAUAUGUAUAAUUAAUUAUAUUAUGUAUACUUAAUGUUCGACGAAAAUGUCCAGUACUAUGCUUAUUCGUAGACUUAGAAACUGCGCCUAAAAAUUCAGUCUAACUUAUUGAACCAGAAUAUUUAAAUUUAGACUGAAUUUUGGUCUAUCAUUGAAGGUGAAUUAUUUGUAGACGGAUCACAUUGACAUGCUAUGUUAUUGUAGGUUGACCCAUUAACCAGCAAAACGUGAUAUACAUAGGUAUAAUUACCUAAGUUCAACUUAGUUUUAAUUAUAAAUAGCAAGAUAAGCAAUAAAUUUACCAUCAUCACAUACAAUCACAUAUUUACUAAACUAACCAAGAUUAUAUCUGUCUAUAUGUGGCUGUUGUACUGUAAAUUAAUACCUAAGUUCGGUUAUCUUCAGUAAAAAAUAAGCACAAACAUAUUUAGUUCACGUUAGAUUUCACUGUAUAUUCAAAAGGUUAAAUGAAAUUAUAGUUUCAUCCAUAUGAUAGUUUUUUUAAUGCUGUAGUGACCACUACUAUAAAUACACAUAUAUAUUAAAUCAUGGACGUUAUACAUUAUGUUUAUCUGUAAAAUUUACCAAUUAUUUGAACUAUCAUUCGAUUAGUGUUCUUUGUAUAAACUUUGUGGGGCGUACAUUUUUGUGGACGUAUAAAUUUAAAAGUUAGUAACUU